AUGUCGCUGGUGCAGCAUCCCGUGGGGGCGGCCGGCGUCCAGCGGGGCCUGUGGGCUGCGCCGUCGCGCCGCGGAGCGUGGCGAGUCGCAAAGGUGGACAGGGGAUCGGCUGCCGGCCUGCUUGGAGGCGGCGGGGGAUCGCGCCUGGGUGGCCGCCUGCUGGGAGGGGGGCUGCGAUCGAUGUGGCUGGUGGCGCGGAAGGGGGGUAGGAGCGCGGUCAGGUUGCGUAGCUGCACCAAGAUGUGUGGAAUCAUUGGGAUCUUCAAGCAUUAUGGCAACGUCAAUGUGGAGCUGUACGAAGGCCUCUUGAUGCUGCAGCAUCGUGGGCAAGACUCUGCGGGCAUGGUUACCACUGACUGGGGAAAGUUCAAAGAGCACAAGGGGAAUGGCCUGGUCAAGGAUGUCUUUGAAUCCAAGAAAAUCAUCAAGAAGCUGAAGGGUUCAUGUGGGAUCGGACAUGUUCGGUAUCCCACCGCAGGGGCAUCCACAGACCAAGAGGCACAGCCCUUCUUUGUGAACUCACCGUUUGGCAUUUCGCUCAUCCACAAUGGCAACUUGACGAACACGAAGGAACUCGGCCGCAUGUUGCAGAGCUCCAACUCCUUUUUCCACAGGCACCUCAGGACUGACUCAGACUCGGAGCUGUUGCUGAACGUGUUCGCUGACGAGAUCCACAGGGCACAUCAAACCAGAGUUCAGGGUGGCCUCAACGGUGCUGCCAUGACAGAAUGCGACCUCAUUUUCGACGCAGGGGCAUCGCUCAUGAAGAUUGUCCAUGGGGCAUAUGCUUGCAUAAGUCUGGUGAUGGGCAUUGGGAUGGUAGCAUUUCGAGAUCCCUAUGGCAUAAGGCCUUUGGUCCUCGGCCAUCGGUCUUCUGCCCUGGGUGACGAGUGGUGUGUCGCAUCAGAGGACUGCGCUUUUGGGCCCAUCGGCUUCACACGCGUGCGGGACCUGCGCCCUGGGGAGAUGUUCAUCAUCAAGCCCGAUGGCUCCUUUGAGAGCCGACAGUGUGCUGCUGGGAAGCUGUGCCCCUGCAUAUUUGAGUACAUAUACCUGUCAAGGCCAGACUCGGUGCUGAACGACAUCCCUGUGUACAACUACCAACUGGCGCUGGGAAAGCGCCUGGCUGACAGAAUCAAGGCAACUGGGUGGGACAUCGAUGUGGUUGUCCCUGUGCCUGAUGGAUCACGGCCAGCUGCCAUCCAAGUCUCAGCGGAGCUGGGGCUGCCUUACCGCGAGGGCCUUGUGAAGAACAGGUAUGUGGGUCGGACGUUCAUCAUGCCAGACCAGCAGCAACGUGAGGUGUCUGUGCGGCGAAAGUUGAAUGCCAUGCCUGCGGUGUUCAAGGACAAGAAGGUGCUCCUCAUAGACGACUCCAUCGUCCGGGGCACAACGAUGAGUCAGAUUGUGGAAAUGGUGAGGAGCGCUGGAGCAGCCAAGGUGUACCUCGCGAGUGCUUCUCCACCUGUGAAGUUUCCCAACGUGUACGGCGUGGACAUGCCCUCCAGAAUGGAAUUCGUGGCCAAUGGCCUGUCGGUCCCAGAGGUCCAGCAAGUGCUCGGCGCUGAUGGCCUCAUCUACCAGGAGGUCGAAGAUCUGGUGGAGGCUGGACAGGCGUUGAACCCCACAAUUGAGGAGUUCGACGCAUCAUGCUUCACAGGGAGGUACGUCACGGGGAAUAUUGAUGAGCAGUACCUGAAGGAGCUGGAGACAACGGGGAGGGGCGCCAAGCGAACGCGCCAUGGCAGCGAACGGGCGACUGAGGCGCCAGCUGCAGCUCGAUAG